ACAAGUCCCAGCCCGCACCACGCGGUUCUGUGUCUGUGCUGGGCUCUGCGGGCGGCAUGGAGGCGUUGUGGCAGGAGCGUCGCUUUCUCUACAAGGGGGCCGCAGCCCCGCCCUGGAAGGAGACCUACCGCCGGCGCUGUGUGGAGAGACUUAAAAACAGUCGUGCCAAGCUGCUGGAUAGAUACCGCCAGGCUGGGGAGAACGUGCACUGCAAUGCCAGGGCCGCUCUUCUUGUGCAGGAGGUGAUGGAGGAGGAGUGGCAGGCCUUACAGUCAGUGAAUGAGAGCCUGCCCUCCCUCAGGAGAAAGGAGGCGCUGUCACAGGUGUUGGAGGACCCUGAUGAACUAGCAGUACUGGAGGAAAUCCAACAAGAGUUGAUCUCACAAGAACAGUUGACAAUAGAAGAAUAUGAACGGAGUCUGCAGUUCGACCAAGAGUGCCUCCAUGCCAUGCUUGACAGCUUGGACGCAGGCAACAAGAUUAUCUGUCCAGUGUGUAAAAGGAAUAACCUGACUGUGAUGAGUUAUUUGGUUUUAUGCCAGUGUGGAUUACACAUCAGCACACAGGGUAUGACAGAACAGAAGCUCCGGUCACUUCUAGAAGACAGUGUAACAGAACAUGGUAAUCAGUGUCUUCACAAUCCUGAGUUCUCCAUCACUAGUGGAAUGGAGGGAGAAGCCAAUCUUCUCAUGAGCUGUCCGGUGAGUCUAAAUUGCCACGGGAGGCUCAGGGAAGCAUCCCCAUUCACGUGUGCUUCUCCAUGUAGUAGGCAAAAACAAAUCAACCUAUUCAACUUAAAAGGUUGUGCUGCUCCCCUUCAAACCCCCCCCCCCCCACUCCCCUUUUGGGAAGCUUCUGGGUUUGCAAAAACAUGACAUUUGAGGAACAUGACAGUAGGGUUUCAUUCCAUUUUCUAAUUUGGCCACUUGUCCUUUACAUGUAUGAUAUGCAGUAUGUAUUCCCAUGCAUUGUAACACACAU